GGCAAAACCCUAGCCUAUCUUCACUUUCUUGUCUCGCCGUUAAAUACCAAUACUCGCAACAGAAGAAGCAGCAUAUUGUUUCUCUAAAACCCUAAGCCACAAUGACCAAACGAACAGCAUCUAAUUCCGAUGAUAUCUACCUCAACCUCUUAAUCAAGCUAUAUCGUUUCCUAGUCAGAAGGACCAAUAGCAAAUUCAACGCUGUUGUACUCAAGAGGUUGAUGAUGAGCAAAGUUAACCAACCUCUGAUUUCUUUGAAAAGGUUGACUGAUGCCAUGAAGGGGAAGGAGUGCAAAGUUUGUGUUGUUGUAGGUGUAGUAACUGAUGAUAGCAGAGUAUAUAACAUACCGGCAAUUAAAGCUACUGCACUAAGGGAACUUCCGGCAAUUAAAGUUACAGCACUAAGGUUCACAGAUAUAGCACGUUCACGUAUUGAAAGUGCAGGUGGUCAAUGCCUAACUUUUGAUGAACUCGUCAAGAUGGCUCCCCUUGGACAAAACACGGUUCUAAUAAGAGGCCCGAAGAAUGCUCAGGAAGCAGUGAAACAUUUUGGUCGGGCUCCUGGUGUGCCGCAUAGCCAUGCCAAACCUUAUGUAUGAGCAAAGGGUAGGAAAUUUGAGAAGGCUAGAGGAAAGCGGAAUUGUAGAGGACUUAGGGUUCGAGUUAACUUUUGACUUUAGAGUAAGAGUAAGAGGAUUUAGGGUUUGAGCUAACUUUGUUUUCAAUUGAUAUUUUUUGAUUUUUAACUUUAGAGUAAGAGGUUUUAGGGUUUGAGUUAACUUUAUUUACAAUUGAUAUUUUUUGAUUUUUAACUUUAGAGUAAGAGGUUUUAGGUGUGUUAACUUUAUUUACAAUUGAUACUUUUUUGAUUUUUAACAUUUGUUUCUUCAACAUCCUUGAAAGUUGCCAAAUUGGUAUAUUUUCUGUUACAUAGAUACAGUAUUGUGUAGAUUUCAAUAGAGAGUAAAUUACGUUUUGAUGAACUAGAAAUUACAAGCUACGUUUGUUGUACUGAUUAUGAACUUUUGUGAAUACUGUAGUAAUUUUCACUGUCACCAUGGUUUUCACUUCUUUCUUAAGUUUCUAUAGUAGUUCAGGACAACUUCGAAGCUAGUAAAUAUAUAUUUUUUCUAGAGAUUAUCUCUCUUGGAGCCAUGAAGCCAUAUUGAUUAACAGCCAGUUAACUAACUAAAUUUUGCCUCAAGCAACAACUUUUUUCUUCUUCAAUUAUGCAAUUAAGACCCCCUCAAUUUUGAAUAGGUAUAAUCAAUUUUGAAUAGAUAUAAAUCAUGUAUGCACAGAUGUAUAUAUAUGCAAUUGGUGAAUAUAACAAGUUGAAAGAUUUCUUCAUUCCACAUUCUUCAUCAUCAUCUAUUUUUGACAAUAAUUCAGCACUAAACAUAUAAAUCAUCAAACAACAUAUAAACAUUUAGUAAAGGAAUUUAGAAAUUGACUAAGCUAACAACAUAAGAAAUCUAUGGUCUUGAAUUAGUAAAGUACAAAAGUCUAACAAUCAUUCUUCUAAAAGCUGUCGGUUCUGAUAAUGGUUCAUCGAAUGAUUUUUACAAGGGAAAAGGUUUAAUGGCCAAGCAAAUGUACAUCUUGGGGUGAAUCCAAAGUAUACUUUCUCUAUCAUAGGAUAUCCCAACUUGUAAAAUGUAUUUGAGAACUAACUCCUACGGUGUUACUAAACUUUUCAUUUAAAAGGUCUUAGUUUUAUUAAUUUAAUCAACGUCCGUCCCUCUCAAGAUC